AUGUCAUUAAACCUAGAUCCUAAUAGUCUUGAAAGGGCUGCUGAAGCAAUUAGAGAAAUAUAAAAAAGUCCUAAUGCUAAGCUUAUUUACCAAGGUAUAAUUGAGUAGGAGAGAGCGUUAGCAUUUUAAAGAUAAGCUGAAUUAGAGAGGGAAAAGGGCGAAACAAUUAAAAUAAGACAGGAAGAAGCUAGGAGAACAAGUACUCAUGAGAAAGAGUAAAAAAAAAAUUUGGAAGAAUACAGAGAUAAAUUGGAAAGAAAGAGAUUUACAGAAUAGCUAGUUGAAAAGUAAAAGAGAUAGGAAGAAAUUAAUAGGACAACUGAAGAAUCAAUAAGGAGAUAAGAGGAGAUAAAAUUAUAGUCAAUGGAGAAGUAAAUGAAAGAAUAGCUAAAGCUUGAAGAAAAGAAGGCUGAGCUUUUGGCAAAAGCUAAAUCCUAAGCUUAUAGAUAAAAUUUUGAUCUGAAGGUUAAAGAAAUUAUCAAAAAAGAAGAGGAAAGAAGAUAAACUCUAAAAGAGCUUGCAGCAAUUACAUUUGAUAACUUCGCUCAUGGUAUUGAAUACAUAUAAAAAAACAAAGGAUUUGCUAUCACUAUUGGUAUAUAUACAGGUUUGAUAUCCUUAGCUUUCUAUUUAUCUAAAUCAAGUAUAAACUUAGCCUCUAAAUUUUUAGAAAUGAGAUUAGUAUAGCCUUCAUUAGUUAGAGAAACAUCAAGACCAACUACAAAAAAUUUAAUAUCUGGUCAAUCUUUAAGGUUUAUAAAUUCUUUCAAAUCAAAUAAAAGUUUGUAAGAUAACAUAUUUUCUAAUAUUGUGUUGCCUUAACACCUUGAAGGCUAAUUACAAUCUAUUUCAUAUUCAAUUUUGAACAAAAAGAGAAAUCUGGCUCCACUUAGAAAUAUGCUUAUUUAUGGUCCACCUGGAACAGGAAAAACUCUUUUUGCAAAAAAACUGGCAUAUUCAUCAAAUAUGGAUUAUGCAAUUAUGGCUGGUAGUGAUAUAGCUCCAUUGAAAGAAAAUGCUGUAGAGGCAAUAAAUAAAGUUUUUGACUGGGCUGAAAAAUCUUCAAGAGGUAUAAUAAUAUUUAUUGAUGAAGGUGAUGCCUUUUUUAGAAACAGAGACGAUAAAAGUAUGAGUGAGAAUGUUAGAAACUGCAUUAAUACUUUCUUAUAUAGAACAGGUACACCUAGUAAAAAUGUAAUGUUUGUAGUAGCUACUAACUAUCCUGAAAUCAUAGAUAAAGCAUUAAAUGAUAGAGUUGAUAACUAUUUAUACUUUCCUCUUCCAUCUGCAGAUGAAAGAUUUAGGUUACUCAACUUAUUUUUUUCAAAGUACUUUGAUUAUAAAUUUUCACUAUUAAAUGAGAUAAAAAAUAUCUGGUGGAAACCAUCAAGUUUGAUUUUUAGACCUAAAAUUAUUAAGUAAGACCAUAAUAUUGAUGAAUAGUUUUUACGUUCUAUAGCUGAAUAAACAGAAGGAUUUUCAGCUAGAGAAAUAGAAAAAUUUAUAAUUGCUUGUCAUAACUCAGCUUUCUAUCAAAAAGAACCUUCUUUGGAUAAAAAUGUUGUUUAAAUGGUUCUCUAAUAAGUAUUAUAAGAACAUAAAAACAAAAAUUAAUGGGUAAAAUGA